AGAUCCACCUCACACCUCACAUUUGCAGAACCCCCACGUUAAUAAAAUGUUCUUCCCCUCACCCCUCUAAAGUUCUGAAGCAUCUAUUGCUACCUCCAAUACAUUACAGCAUCUGCAAAAUUUCUGAAGCAGGAGCCAUUGUCUAUCAUCACAGACAUGGGUGAAGAGAACAAGGAAGAAGGAAAGAAAGAAGAAGCCACAGAGGAAAAGAAAGAAGAAGAGAAAAAGGAUGAUGAACAGCCUCCAGAGAUAGUUCUCAAGGUUGAUAUGCAUUGUCAAGCCUGUGCAAGGAAAGUUGCAAAAUCUUUGAAAGGAUUUGAAGGAGUGGAGGAGGUGAGUGCAGAUAGCAAGGCAAGCAAAGUGGUAGUGAGAGGAAAGGCAGCAGACCCCAUAAAGGUGCGUGAGAGACUUGAAAAGAAAAGUGGUAAGAAAGUAGAGCUCAUUUCACCUUUGCCUAAACCUCCGGAGGAUAAAAAAGAAGAAAUCAAACAACCCCAGCCAGAGGAGAAAAAGGAAGAGGCGCCUCCUUUGGUUACAGUAGUCCUCAAAGUUCGAAUGCAUUGUGAAGCAUGUGCUCUAGCUAUACAGAAACGAAUCCGUAAGAUUCAAGGAGUAGAAUCAGUGGAAACAAACUUGGGAAAUGAUCAAGUGACAGUAAAAGGUGCAAUUGACCCAUCAAAGCUUGCUGAUGAGGUGUUCAAAAGGACAAAAAAGCAUGUGUCUAUUGUAAAAGAGGAAGAAAAAAAGGAAGAAGAAAAGAAACAAGAGGAGAAAAAGGAAGAGAAAGAAGAGGAGAAAAAAGAAGGUGAAGAAAACAAGGGAGAAGAAGAAGAUGAAAAUAAAACUGACAUCAAGCGUAGCGAAUACUGGCCAUCUACAAACUACGUUGACUAUGCUUAUGAUCCUGAGAUUUUCAGUGAUGAGAAUCCAAAUGCAUGCUCUGUUAUGUAGAUAAGCAGUGAUUUGUACUGUCUCUAUAUUUCUGUGCUAUAUAUUAAGGGCUAGAACCUUUAUUUCUCCUGUUUGAGUUUUCAAUGUAUUUCAUUGUCACUAGGUGGCCACAAUCCCUUAUUUUGGCCAGGGCCGGCCUUGGGCCUGUGCAAGCAGGCCCACAGCCCAGGGCCUCCAAAAAUAAGGGGUCCUAAAAAAAAAAAUUGUGAGAUAUAUUUCCAAAAUAUAUAAAUUAUUAAUGUUCAAAAAUA